UGGAAAUUCGAGCAGUUGAUGUAUUUCCCUGCAGGAGAGAGAGAGAGAUCAGGACACGGACACAAGGCGCAGGGAAUCCGCACCCUUUCCACAGAGUGAUUAUAGAAAUCUGCGCGUUUGCGCGUCUUUUCCAGCGUGCGCCUCCGCGGACUUGCGCGUAAAGACAAUCAAUGAAGGAGAGAAGAUCGGUCCAGAAACUGUCCCUGCAGCCCGGUAUGGAUCCGAGUCAGAGCGUCAAAUGUAAGAUCGUGGUCGUUGGGGACAGUCAAUGUGGGAAAACCGCUCUGCUACACGUUUUUGCCAAGGACUGUUUCCCGGAGAAUUACGUGCCGACUGUGUUUGAGAAUUACACAGCAAGUUUUGAGAUUGACAAGCAGAGAAUAGAGCUCAGCCUGUGGGACACUUCUGGUUCCCCAUAUUAUGACAACGUCAGACCUCUCUCGUACCCGGACUCAGAUGCCGUCAUCAUAUGCUUUGACAUCAGCCGACCAGAAACCCUGGAUAGUGUCUUAAAGAAGUGGAAAGGAGAGAUCCAGGAAUUUUGUCCCAACACAAAGAUGCUGCUUGUUGGAUGCAAGUCAGACCUCAGAACGGACCUCACAACUUUAGUGGAACUGUCCAAUCACAGACAAACACCUGUGUCAUAUGAUCAGGGUUCAGCUAUGGCUAAGCAGAUAUCGGCGCCUUAUAUCGAAUGUUCUGCAGUACAGUCUGAGAAUAGCGUGCGGGACAUUUUCCAUGUUGCAACGUUGGCUUGCGUGAAUAAGAACAACAAAAACAUCAAGCACAACAAAUCGGCACGCUCCACCAAACGCAUCUCGCAUAUGCCCAGUCGGCCAGACCUGGCUGCUGUGGCAACAGACCUACGCAAAGACAAAGCAAAGAGCUGCACGGUCAUGUAAGGUGAACUGUCGGGGGGGGAAAGAUGCAUUCUGGGAAUAGGCAAGGGUGGACUGUGGAAGCAAGAGAGUCCUGGAAUUGCCUCAAAAUGCAAAACAAAAGUUGAGGGUUCUGGACGUCAACCCAUAGUAUGAACCCACCCACCCCUCCUAAACUUAGCCACUCAGCAGGAGGAUGUCUCCACCCUCUCGGCCAUUUGGUGGCCUUUCUUCCGACUCCUGGAAGUGCUUCCUCUCUGGAGGGUUGCAUCAGGAUGCUAAGCUGCCUGCAGGAAAUGAAGGAGGAAGUGGAAUCACAUAACCACUGAGUCCAGAGUUCCACUGAGCUUCGGUUCACUGCUAUUUUUAAAACAGUCCAAAAUAGAAGAUGCAUGUAUUUGUCGGUUUUGAUUGUCGUACAGACCAGAACGACAGAACUGUGUAGGGGAAGAUUUCUUCUGAAAUGGCGAAGUUUGGAUAAAGGAAACUCUCACUUCUCUCUUUGUAGAGUUUGUUUGACUAAAUGAGGAAAUGGAAGAGUAUUACUGUGGUUACGGAUCACUUCCUCCUUCUAUCCUCCUCAGUUAUGGUCUUUUGUUUCUUCUGUAGAGCGAGAGCAUGAGUUUGUGUGUGCUUGGUUUUCUUUUUCUUACGCUAAGCUCAGAUAAGCUGUCACCAUGGAUAGGCCAUAUUUGGUCCAUGGUAUAUUUGAACUCGCACUGUUUUCUGCAGAACUUCUCAUAAUCACAUUACUCUUCAUUAGGAUUCAGAAACUGAAAAACCAAAGAGCCGGAAGGUUUUCAAGUCUGAUGACUCGACUCAACGUUCGACAUUCUGGAGUGCAUGAUGGAUAUGUAUUAGAGGGCUUGUAGUGGGUCAAUGAAAAUUUAUUUUACGGUUCUGUAAGAUCACGGUUCCGCUUGUCUGUGCAGAUUGGGUAAAUGGAAGUGCAAAUACGACCUUUGAUAUUUCAGUUGAUCGUUGUCUGGCAAUUGAUAGUGUCUGGCAUUCGUUUAUUCCUUGAAGGGGCAUUAACACUGAAAAGUGGGGGGACAAAUAAUGAAACUUGACAGUUUGUAUUAUGAAUACUUAUUAUGUCAAAUGCCACUUACUGAUUGUGUGUUGUCGACUCAAUAGUUUGGCUUUUAGUUGUAAAAUUGUUGUGGUGAGCUACAAUUAUUUAGCUUUCACUCUUAAAAUGAUAUACUUAAAAUAUAAUGUUUAUUUUCUAAAAUGUGGGGUAUGAACUUAGAAUUUCGUAAAAGUCGAGAAAACCAAUGCCCCCCCCCCCCCCCCCCCAGUUAGAAUGGUUGCCACGCCUUUGCUGACAGCAAUUUGCAACAACAGAGCCAUCAAAAGUCAUUCAUUUCCAAUGAGAGUUGCCGAUUUGUGGCAUCUUAAGCAGAGUUCAAUUAAGCGGUGUUAAUGUAAAUGUGCAGUUAAGCGCAAUCUAAGUAGGAACGCCUAUUAGAAAGUUAAAAAUUAAACAGUAUAACAAGUAGGCCACCACCAGUGAUUUAAUUGCUUUCAGUGUGAAUGCCCCAUAGGAAUAACAACACUAUUGCAGUAACUAACGAUUGUGGAACACUGUUAUCAUAGCACAAAAGUAGCUUUUCAUCGUGAACUGUCGUUAUCGUAAAGCGUAACGUGAACAUUUGUGCCUUUUCCAACAUCUGUGAAGUUCUUUUGUUUAAGCGCAAUUGUUAAAAUGAUGAUUAAACAGUGGAAUAUCAAACUGAAGGUCAGAUUAGAUUUGUGCUUUUCUCUGCCUAGUCUAACAAAAACUAAAUGGGCUUUCGAGGAAGUGUACAACAGAAUCGUUUUUUUUUUUUUUUUUUUUUUUACUAUCCUCUCUUUACUAUGCAGUAAGUUCCCCAUCUGUUCCCGAACAAACGCAGAGUGGACUGCGAAAACAUAAAAAUGUGUUACUCAAAAUAUCGUCUCGCAUAGCCAUGGGAGAAUAUACGUUCCACCUUUGUUCGUUGUAGCGAACUGCAAGAUUCUCUAAAGAAAAUUUACAUAAGUAUGACGCUAGCUAAAGAGUCAUUCGCUGCAUGUUUAUAGUUGCACUUUUAGUUUGAACAAACAAAACAAACAAAAAGCUUUUUUUACAUUUGCGUUUUUUUUUUUUUUUUUUUUUUUUUUUUUUUAAUGGCUCAUAGAGAAUUUUCUUGACUGUUUCAAAAAACUUGUUUUCACGUAGGCAGUAUUAAACAAUUUUCAUGUGUAAAUGUUGAGAAAUGUGUACGUGAUGUUAAAAAAACGUUUCCUAAUGUAGGAUGUCUGUAAUUUUCUUAAUGCUUUCUGUGUGUUGAGGUCCAUUUAUGUCUGUUUUUGUUGAUGUUGACAUAAUAUUUAUUGAAUUAUAUAUUUUUCCCUUAAAAAUAAAUCCAAAAAGAAAUGAAAAAGAAA